AAUCCUCAGCAAGAUGGCAGUUGUGACGUGAAGGAUUUAAAACACCCCGAAAAAAUCUAUAAUACAAGACGUUAAGCCUUCUGUAAUUAACAAGUCAGUGUGUGUAACUAAGGACGGGACAGUCAUAGCACCUGGUGAGGAUGUAAUUAUAUUGGAACAGGUGUGUCAAGAUGAAUGAUACAGGCAAGAGAGUUAGUGAAGGACUCUGCUCUCCAAGUGUGGACAGAGUUAACAAAUGGGAAGGUGUGCAAGGCAAUGAAGAAAACUGCUCUCCUUUUCUCACAAGUUCCCCUCUGUUGUGCCGCAAGGUUAAGAAAAUAAGGAAAUUCAAACUUACUCCUGAGAAACCAAUGAAGCAAGAACAGUCCAUCAGCUCUCGGAAGUGUGCUGUUAAUGACAGUAACAACGAAAGUUCUUUAUUAAUCAAGGAUGAUUCUUUUAUUAAUCAUAUGAAUUUUGAGAAACUUGACCAGCUGAGUGCCACAGAUGACCAGUCCAGCAUUGCACCAGCACCACCAUUGUCACCAGAGCUUUUUGAAGAACCAUCCCCAAUCAAGACUUAUGAAUCCCAAGGAAGCAUCCUCCCUACACAGGCAAGCCUUUCCAGCACCCUCUCCUCCCAGCCCCUGGUUACUCGGAUUCAGAGAAAUUUCAGGCGUGAAGGAGAACAAUUCAAGUGUGAGGUUGAGCGUCGUAAAGAGGAGAUGGUGGCUGCCUUAGAGGAGUGUGCCUGCAGCUCGAACCAGGCCUUCAAUCUAGGGCCCUUCUUUGGUCUCAGUUCCCAUGUUCUGGAGCUACUCAAGAUCCAUCGGGGGAUUACCAAGCUUUAUGAGUGGCAGGAGGAUUGCAUUAUUAAGGGAGGGACAGGUUUCAAUCUGCUCAUCUCCAUGCCUACCAGUGGAGGAAAGACCCUUGUAGCUGAGGUGUUGAUAUGGCAACAACUGCUACUCAAAAAUCACAAUGCCUUGUUUAUCUUGCCUUAUGUGGCACUAGUGCAGGAAAAGGUAAGGGACUUGGCACCUUUUGGAGUGGAGCUAGAUUUUUUGGUGGAAGAAUAUGCCAGCAGUAGGGGAUCAUAUCCUCCAAUAAAGCACAAGAAGAAACGAAUAGUUUAUGUAGCUACAAUAGAAAAGGCAUCUGGGCUCGUCAACUCUCUCCUGAGUGAAGAUCGGAUCAAGGAGCUUGGCCUGGUUGUAGUUGAUGAAGUCCACAUGGUAGGAGAGACUGGGGGACGAGGAGCUACUCUAGAAAACCUGCUGACAAUAUUACGAUAUGCUGCACCCUCUGUGCAGAUGGUGGGCAUGAGUGCUACUGUUGGCAAUGUUAAUGAGCUAGCUGAGUUCCUUGGUGCCGAGACAUAUGAAAAUAACUUCCGGCCAGUCCACCUCAUUGAGUAUGUUAUGAUGGAACAGCAGCUGUGUGAGGUCAAUAAAAAAGCAAAGACAGAGACUGACCUGUUUAUCAAGAACCGAACAUGUACCUUCAAUAGCAGAGAUCACAUUGGUGUGUUAGUGGAAGAGAUGGUGCCUGAACAUUCCUGCCUUGUGUUUUGUCCCACCAAGUUGUGGAGUGAGAAUGAGGCAUUGAAUAUAUGUAAAGUACUCCCUAAAAAGCUGAAACAGGUUGCCUACCAGAAGAAGAAAGCCUUACUCAGCGCCUUGCAGGAGGAAGGAGGGCAAUCCGUAUGUCCUAUACUAAGGAAAACCAUCCCUUAUGGAAUUGCAUAUCAUCAUUCAGGCCUGACUGAUGCAGAGCGUCAUCUCCUGGAGGAGGCGUACCUUCAGGGGACCAUCUGCAUUAUUUGUUGCACCUCUACACUGGCAGCUGGGAUCAACCUGCCAGCCAGAAGGGUCAUAAUUCGUUCUCCGUAUACUGGUCGGGUCUUCCUCACUCAGGCAAAGUACAAGCAAAUGGUUGGCAGAGCUGGACGGGCCGGCUUAAGUUCAGCAGGAGAGAGCUUUCUCAUCAUUGAGAAACAGAACUUAAACCAGGUAGGAAAGAUGCUGCUGUCUUCAGUUGAUAAAUGUGUCUCCACCCUGGCUGAGGAUGAAUACCAUGGCCUGGCUACCCUGCUGUUCUCCUCAGUAGGUCUGGGUGUGGCUGUAUCACUUCCUGAAUUGAAAGCCCUUGCAAGCCGUUCCCUGCUGGCACUUCAAGCUCUCAACCUCAAUGUUGAUGUCUCAGCCAUGGUAGUUGAUAUUGUUGAAAAGCUGCGGGAUAUGGAGCUGGUGUGUAUUAAACAAGAAAUUGAUGAAAUCAGUCCAGCACAGUCCCUUACUGAGGAUAGCAAGUUGAAUUUGCCCAAAAAAUCAUCAGAGGCAUCCACACCACAAGUCUUUGAAAAGCUUAACCGACCUGUAGAAGACGGAGACACACUUACUGUGAGCAAACUGGGACGUGCUGCAAUCAAGGGGAAUGUCAAGUACACUGUGGCCCAGGAGCUGUACAGUGACCUCCUUGAGGCUCGGGAAAGGCUGUCAGUAAACACGUACCUGCACCUGAUGUACCUCGUCAUUCCCUAUGAGAAUGUGCGGACAGUGAAGAUGAACCCAAGUGUGUUUGACAAGGCUCACUCCCUGCUUGGGAAAGAAGAGCUAAAACUGGCCAAUACUCUUCGUAUAAAUGAAGGCACUAUUGCACGUAUGAUGUCAGGAAAGAAGAUAAAAGCUGUCAAGGAAGAAGUAUUGAAGAGGUUUUAUUGUGCCAUGAAACUUCACAUAACUUGGUGCAAGCAGGGAAUGUGGGAGGCAAGUGUGCAGCUUGGCUGUGAACGUGGGGAACUGCAACAGCUGCUCAAUGCCACCACGUCAUUUGCUUGCUGUGUCUCACACUUCUGUGCAGAGCUGGAGCAGCUGUGGGCCUUUAGAGAUCUUCUAGUCAACAUCACUCAAAUGUUGUCAGGAUGUUGUACUGCAGAGCUAAUGCCUCUGCUAGACCUGCCAGGAGUGAAGAAAGGUCGAGCAAAACUGAUGUACAAAGCUGGACUGAAGACAUUACAGGAUGUAGCAAAAUGUGAGCCUAGGAGACUAAUGCAGGCAGUGAUCCAUCUCUCAUAUGUGUCAGCUCUUCAGAUAAUUCAUUCUGCUAAGAUGUUGCUAAUCGAUAAAGCGCAAGUGUUACAGAUGGAAGCAGAAGAAAUAGUUAUGGGCAUGACUCCACCUUUCAAGUUGUCAUCUGGAAUUUAUGGUGCAAGUGCAGAGGGACAAUGACAUGCAUCUAGAGGAAAGAUUCUGUCCUAAUUUAAUUGGCAUAGUGGAAACCUAGAACAGAACUGUGAGGUGUGAAAUAUAUAUAGGGGCUAAGCAAGGACAAGUAUUGAAUGGUUAAUGAAAGUAUAAUAUUGUACAGUAAUUAUGUUCAUUAAGUUUGAAGGGGAGUGUGGCAGCUCAGGCAGUAGCAUGUCUGACAACAAUGCAAGAAGUCCAAGGUUUGAAUCCUGGUCAGAUCUGGAGUAUUUCUGGGACAACUGCCCAUGCCUAGGUUUAGCCAGCCUUAGAACGGGUACUGAGCAGUUGAGAUGGAUUAAAAAAGGCAGUUGGGAAAGGAACUGGCCACCCUACUCCACUUGCUGAGGUCCAGGAUGGGUGGAGCUGCCUGCCCUGCACCAACACUGGAUUGAGUACAGCACUCGUUUACAAUGCAUUGUGAAUGGCUGUGAUAUAACAUGUAGUUAGUUAUUGCUGGAUGCCUUCAUAGCCUAUUACUUUAUGAGAGAGGCACUUCUUUUCAAGAUAAAAUGAUCUUUUCUUUAUAAUGAAUAAAAACAUAUAUAUAUAUAUAUAUAUUUUAUAUAUGGCUAUAUUUUUGUAUUUUUGUUACAUAUUUUGACAGGGUAGGGUGAUCUAUAUAAAUAAUAAUAAUAAUAAUAAUAAUAAUAAUAAUAAUAAUAAUAAUAAUAAUAAAUUGUCUUCUUAGCUCACUCAACACUGGACAGAACUUGGGAUUAUUCAUGUGAACUCUCCUUGGGGUGCAGGAGUUGUAGUGUUGUAAUUUACUGUAAUUUUAAGGUAAGAUCCAACAAUGUAGCUUCUCACGAGAUAUCACAGGGCUGGUUUGAGUCAGUUCACGGCACAGCUGCAAUGAACACUCCCAUUCAGCUGUCAGAGAUUCCUCAAUAACAAUCAAUAACAAGUGGCCAGGUGUGGUGUUGACAGUAGCUAUGCCAGGAGGUGAUUGAAGCCUACAAGCAUGUGAUAUCCUGAGAGAAGCAGAUUGCAUUAUUAGAAGUUAUCCUAAAUUUAAUACAGGAAAUGUCUUACCAUUAGAGUCACAGACCACUUCAAGUUAAAGAAUUCUUACUCUGCCAAUAGUGGCCACGAAAAUACUAUAAUUCCAGGCACAAAAUUGCUUGGAGUUAUGCUUUUGGUGUUGCAGCAAGUCAUUAUUGAUUUAGUAAUCGUCAUUUUUCAAGGGCAGGUUUCAUGUUUACUGGUGGACUUUUGACAGUCAUGUGUAGCUUAUCAAUCUUGUUAGGGUAACUCGCACAGCAGUGACCGAAAGGCCGAGUCACCUUCCUCCCCGCCUCCCUCUCUCUCCCUCUCUCUCUCUCGAAACACUUUAUGAUGUUUGUCUUAGAUACAUAAUUAUAUUACAUAAAAUUAAUGGCAUAGGACAAACAGCCCUUCUUAAGCAAGGCUUUUUGGGCAAAAGAGAAGAGAAUAAAAUAAAGUAAAGGUAAAAAAAAAAAAAUCAUUAUAUAUUCUCAAUAGACAGUAUAGUGCAAGAUACACUGAUUUUCAUAUUUCAAGUUAUUAGCUAUUCAAAAGUAUCAAAUAUAAAGUUUUCCCGUGAAAAGUAAAGCUGCUAACAGACUCAUGUGGACCAAGCGCCCGGAAUGGUGUGCACUUGCAACUGAGGCUGCAAGAGGAGGACACGCGGCCUCGGCACCGAGCAACGGGCGCCCGUGUGGACUGUCCUGUGCAAGAAUGUUCUUAUUUAUUGCAGUUUCAAAAUAUCCUUAAGUCACUGAUUUCCUUAUUUAAGAUGCUAUUAAUAAAACCACUAUUUUCAAGGGUGCUCUGGAGGACGGCUAAGAACAGGAAGAGCGAGGGAGCUAACCAUGAACUCCGCCCGUUCUCGGUCUAACUGCCUUACUGAUGGCAGCACUGUCUGGGGAUCGGAGCCUUGGUUCAGGGUUCAGGGACUCGCGUUUUCAGUUACCAACGUUUAUCAUUAAGGGGCUUUUGUGACAGUCACUGAAAUUUUCGAGGACGUUUUUAUGAUCAUAGCGUAGUUCACUGAUGUCCUCACAUGUAAAAAAUAAAUAAAUAAAAAGCUAAACACCAAGGAUG